AUGUCGAAAAAGCGAGCAUCCUCACCGGAAAAUGACGAAAGGAAAAAGCAAAAGCUUUCAUUUAGUCUUUCUGGGGUCAAAGCUGUGAUUGUGGAGGUUGGUCUCGGAAAAACUCGGGCAUCCAUUUUGGCAAAACAGCUGGAAAGACAUGGUGGUAUGCAUCACAAGAACUUUGAAAGCUCAACAACACACGUGUUGGUUGACAAGAAAUUAAAAAUAGAGAGACUGAAAAAGUGUUUGGGUGUAAAAAUUAUUCCUGAAGAAGUAUACUUAGUGGAUUCUGAGUGGUUGAGCAAGUGUCUGUCCGAGGGGAAACUCGUAGAUUUAGAGCAGUACACUUUGGGUAAGGAUGAAUGUAAAGUUGAAGAGAAAGCUGUUAAAAAUGAAGCGAAUAUUAAAACAAGCGAUCAAAAGCAGGCAUCAGAACAAAGUGUUGAUGAGCAAACUUCAACCACAAUGCUUAAAACUGAAGCAAUUUCAUCAAAUGACACAAUGACUUUCAGUAAGUCCCCAACAAAACACUUGACCUCAAAAACUCAAGUAGACGAUGACAGUGAUUUUACCGAUAGUGGUGACGAGGGAAGCAAAUCAGACAGAUCUCCUGUUAUUACACCCAACACCUCUCCAGAGAAACUUGGAAAUGCAACCUGGGUAUGUGCUCAUGCCUCUGCUUCACAGCAACAUAAUCACAACCAACCUAUAACUGACAAGCUUCAAGUUCUUGCAACGGCAUAUGCCAACACUAAAGAUCAGUGGAGAGCUCUGGGAUAUAAGAAAGCUAUAGCAUCAGUCAAAAAUUAUCACAAAAGACUUGAAACUUGGGAUGAAUGUAGCAACCUUCCUUUUGUUGGAGAACGUCUUGCUAAGAAAAUCUGGGAAAUAGUUCAGACUGGUCAUUUACGAAGGCUUGAUCUUGUGGAUCCUAGACAGGAUGCCCUAAACUUGUUUGUUGGUGUUUGGGGUGCUGGGCCUAUAACUGCAGAAGCUUGGGUCUCUCAAGGACUGAAAAGUCUUGAGGAUCUGACACAGAAUGUGAAGUUAACUAGACAACAAGAGAUUGGCCUGAAAUACUAUGAUGAGUUUCUAGAGAGAAUGCCAAGGGAAGAAGCUGGAAAGAUUGAGGAAGUUGUUAAAAAAGCUGCAUUUGACAUUAACCCAGGAUUACAAGCCUUUGCUUGUGGAUCCUACCGCAGAGGGAAACCAACAUGUGGUGAUGUGGACAUCAUUGUAUCACACCCAGAUGGGAAAUCUCAGGAAGGAGUUAUGGCAAAACUAUUAGAAAGUUUAAAAUCCUCAGGAUUUCUUACAGAUGAUCUUACUUUAUCUGACAAUGGGGAGCAUAGAAAAUACCUUGGAGUUUGCAAACUUCCUGGGGAAGAUACAAAGCACAGACGUUUGGAUAUCAUUGUUGUGCCUUACAAUGAGUGGGCUUGUUCUUUGUUAUACUUUACUGGUUCUGAUUACUUUAAUAGGUCCAUGAGACUUCUUGCUAAGAAGAAUGGCAUGUCCCUCUCAGAGCACUCCUUGAAUAAAGAUGUUGUCCGGAAGGGAAGUGACAAGAUUUUUGAAGGAACUCCACUUCCAGUAUUCAGUGAGAAAGAUGUGUUUGACUAUCUUGGCCUGGACUACCGAGAACCUCAUGAAAGGGAUUGGUAGUAACAUCACAGAGUUUCCCUAGUUUAUAUAGAAUGAUAAUUCACAUUAAAAAACACACCAUACUUUUUGACAUGCAGACAUUUUGAUGCUAGCAGUUUAGAGUGGAGCAAGUCACAUAUGGUAUAUGCAUCUUGUUGUGAUGCCUUUUAAAACUGGAUAAUUUACAAGAGCAUCUGCCCUUCAUGUAAGACAUUUUUCAUCAGUUUUCCAAAGCAUAGAUAGUGUUAGCUCUGGAAAUAUCACCAACCACACUAUACACACUAGAUCUUUUUAUUUUUUAUUCUGUGAAAUUUGCAUCUAGUGGACAAGGGUUCAGUAAACAAACUACUCCAUCCACUUCCUAGUGUCUUAUCCUCCAGGUAACAUUAUUCAUCCUUUAAACAACCAGAACUUGAUGAGCAGUCUUUGUGCUUAAAAUUUUCCUCUAUUCAAUUUUUGUUUAUACUGUGAUUCUGUGAUGUCUUUUCCCCUAUUUGAAUUUGGUUUCUUGGUUUUAGUAACAACAGAUAAAAGAAAUCUCUAAGAGAUCCCAAAAGUGUCUGGUACCUUAGCCUUAUCACUUUACCUUUGGUAUGAAUCUUUAUACUCAAUUGAGUUUCAGUUUGGGUAUAUUUUUAUUCUCUGAUUGGUCCUACAUGUAGUGACCCUCUCAUUAAUUUUAAAAAGUAGUUUAGGCAGUCACAUGUAUACUUAUAUUAUGAUUUUGUUGAUUUUUAUCCAGUAGGAGUUAAGUUAUGUAUUGAAAUAUGUUGCAGGCAACAGGUCUGACUUGAUGUUGGACAUUAAAUGAUAAUUGAAGCAUAUUUCACAUGCUUCAGAUUUUGAUUAAUGUAAUGAAAUGUUUUAAGACUAGGAUUUAUUCAACCAUCAAUAUUACGUUACAAAAAACAUUUGUAUUUUAUACUCACACAUGUUGUAUAUUUACUCUUACAUUUACCAAUUACAUCUCUUUGCAUGGACAAAUUGUAUUUUUUGAAGAGUAGUAAUCUUUAGAAUAAAUGUUCAAUAAUGCUUUAAAAAAAUCAAUUAUUUAACUAUGUGGCUGGUGUUACACAUACACAACAAUAAACAAUGGUAAAUCUAGGGAGUUGUUUGAUAGGAGUGGUGCAACCUUUGAUUCUUAAGGUACAAAUUUUUUUUCCUCAUUAGAGCCUAAAUAAACUGCAAGAGAUUCCAAGACUUGUAACUAUUGGUUAUUGUUGAAUUUUCAACUCUGAAUAUUAUUUUUCUUAUUUUAUGAUUGGUUCACCCAAUUCUGGUUAUCAGGUUAUAUUCCAAGUCACUUAUGUUGAAAUGCAUUACGUCAACUGUUGUGGAGCAGAAGAAUGCUCCAAAUAUCCAAAUGUUUAGGAUUUAAUAAAUUUAGUAAAAUGAUUCCAUAAAUUUAAUAAAAUUUAUGAUGUAAUAAAAUUUUAAUAAAAUAAUGAGGGGGUAUGUACCUUGUUAGCUAAUUACCAUCUCAUAUGCAAUGCACGCUCAUGGAAUGAUUGGUAAAUAACGUGAGCCUGUCGUUGCAAGAACUUUGGUUUUGGGAAAGAUUUUUGUUUAAAAAACCUAACAGUCCUAUAGGGGAGCUGAAUCCCUCUCCCUGGAACUUCCUCUGGUGUAUACAGAUUAUUGGCACAGUUUAUGAAAGCCAUUAGACAUCAUAAAUUAGAACAAUAGAUGAGUGCUUGUUUGACAAUCUAGGAAAUAAGAUAAUUAUUUGGCUACUAUUCAAAAUUCUGCUCCUAAAUUUUAUGACUUGAAUAUAUCUCUAACUACUAGUUUUAUUAAUUCUUCCUCAAAAUGUGGUUACUGGUAUGUUGAUGCAUGCCCUCUUUUCAUAGAAUAUCAAUUUUAAUUUAGGAAUUAAAUCAGGCAAAUUAAAUACAGAGAUUAACAGAAGAUUCAGCAAUAGGAGGCACUCAUGAUAAAUUGGCUUUUUCUUUGUAAUUGUUUUUUAUAUGUGACUGUUCAUGUGAUGAUGGCUGAAGAGAAAUGGUUUCUGCAACUAAAUAUAUUCUGUACAUUAUGAUCUGCAAAAUAAAUAUAUAAUAAAUAUAUAUAUAUACAAAUAUAUGACUUUCAUAUAUUCUUAACCAAAAUAUUAUUGAUAAUAAUUUUGUUAUUUUCUCUGAGCUUCUAGGUAGCUCAAAAUAUCUUCUUCCAAUUUAAGAGCUCUGGGGAGAAUGAAAUUUACGUCCACAAAGGAGCCUUGACGGCUCCCUUAAGACCUUAGUGGCGCUGGGUACGCGUUCCCUUCCGGGGUGUUACUUGGUUUAACCCCCAUCCAGGGGAGGCCUGGGGUCUAAUUGGGAUUGUCGACAUGGCGGGCAGAUAGCCUCGAAUCCUUAAGUUUUUUUAAAAUUGCGGAACUACAGGAAACUCUGAAGAA